GAAAGGAAGAUGGCAUGAACCGAAAAAGUGUAAGUAAAGAGAGGAGCAGCCUCCGAAUCCGUUGUGACCUACACGUACCUGUGGGAAGAAGAACACUCGCGACCUCCACUUAUGUAAGGAAGGAGCAGCGUUCCAAUCCUUGCGACCUACCUCCACGUCCCUUUGGGAAGUACAGCUGUGACCUCCACUUACUAUGUAAGGUAAGGAAGCAGCAGCGUUCGGUCGUUACCUCCAAUUAUGGAAGGAAGGAGCAGCGUUGCAAUCCGUUGAGACAUCCACGUACCACCUGCGGGGAGGACAGUUGGGACCAAGAGAUCGAACGCGGUGGCUGUGGGAAGUACAGCUGUGAAGUCUCCACGCACGAUGUCGUUGUGCGCAGACGACGAACGGGGACGGCUGAUUGGAAGUGUCGUCAAAGCGAGUGCCUUGUCAGGUGUUCUCGUUAUGUGCUGCUUUUCAGAACACAGGCAGAGGGCGAAAUGCUCAGGGCGCACUCACACUGGCACUAUCUUAAAUGAUGUAUCUCACCGCAUUUAUACGACCGAACGUGGAUGUAUGCGACCGCGAGUACGUCCACGAAUAAGUAAAAAAGUCCUCGUGUGAGUAUAUGCCCCCUCCUCAGUAGCAGGGUGCUUCUUCAACUACAGAGCGGCGGCACGUCUGACAUUGGGCCUCGCUACACUACUCAGCAAAUGUGCAAAAUGAGAACGAAUCUUCCUCUAGAACAUGGAGACACAUCGCGAUGGAGAGAUGCAUCGCUGUCUUUUUUGUCUUUUCUGCAUGUAGUGAGUGGUGGAGCCAGGCCCAUUGACUAUUAUGAGACGCGACAAGAAUCGAUAGUCUCUGAGGAGGGCUCGAUUCGCUGAGCAGCGGCACGUCUGACAUGAACUACUUGGCAGGUGUUUCCUAAAUGUGACUGGCAAGAAUCAGUGCUGCAUACGAACGGAAUUCGUAGCACUCUCCUAAGUGUAUCUUAACGCAAUUACGGACGGCCGUGGACGCAUCUGACUGGAAGCACGUCCAGUUGCAGUGUGCCCUCAGUAGAGUACUUUGUGUCAACUACAUCAUAGCAGCAGGUCGAUGGGAAGUAAGGCUCAGUAGAGAGAGACAGCGAGAAAUAGAGAGAGAGAGGACGUUCCGACGAGUCGAUUGGGAAAUGAAUGUUUGCGUUCUUUGCGCGCAGAGGAUUGCAGAUGUGGUGAAGCAGCAGGUCGAUGUGAAGUAAGGCUCAGUAGAGAGAGACAGCGAGAGAGAGAGAGAGGACAUUACGAAGAGUCGAUUGGGAAAUGCAUGUUUGCGUUCUUCUCUGGGUAAUGCGCGCAGAGGAUUGCAGAUGUGGUGACAGGGGAGCGAAACACGAUUCCGGCCUUCUUCGUGUGGUACAAUCUAAGGAACGCUCAUAUGUCGAUGGGGAGAGACGGGCCUUCUUCUUGUCAGCUAUCUUCUACAGGUAGGUAUACUGCAUCUCGGGUCGGUUUGGUACAUGGAACAAUUCCUCGCGUUUAUCUUUGGGGUCGCGUUUUGGCUCUCCCUUCCUCUUCGUGCCUUUAUCUGGCCGCGUGGUUUUGAUCCUCCGCCCAUCAAAUUGCGAAUGUUAUCUACCAUUUUUCAAGAUCCCCCCUCUGCCUUCGCCCUCCCCCUUUCCCCCUCCCGCUCUCUUCUCUUCUCUCCGUGCACCGUAAGUUUUGACCUCCAUUCUUGAGUGCGUCACUCCUCGCUCCUCGUUGUGAAUAUUGGAACUCUCAAUUACUUUUUUUUCUUUUUUUUUUUCUUUUUCUCCGUGUCAUCCUAGAGGGAGCUCGGUCUUGUCAUCCUAUCACCCCCUCGGUCUGAAUCUGGCAUUUUUUUCACUUUUGUUGACGCCGACUAGCGAAUAUACGGUAGGCUUCCACUUGUUCCUCUUCCAAAAAACUCUUGUUUGCUUUAUGGAUGGUAUCUCUUCUGCUUCUUUUUUCCUUUUUUUUUUUAAAAAUAUGCUUUUGCCUCUUCCUCCGACUCGUUUGUUGAACGGCAUUGAUUAAAUUAAAAUUUACCCUACCUGUGCCUGAAGUAGUCUCCGGUCUUUUUCUUUUUUUUUCUUAAAUGAAAAAACUACGGUGUA